AUGGACGAAAAAUAUGAACCUACGUCAGUAAAUACCAACUAUGCAAAUUAUCAUUCUGAAAUUCUUAAGAUUGUUGAAGACAAUAAGGAUGUAAAAUCUACUAUUGUUAAAUGGUUUACCGACAACAAUAUUCAUAAAAAAUGUCCUAUUGUAACUACAAUUAUUGUUACUUUAAGACAGCAGUAUGAUAUGAUGCUACAGUUUGUUCCUGGUGAUACAGAAGUUAAAAGGCGUUAUGAUAGAAUAUUAGAAAUAAGAGAACAAGCCAUUGACUUAUUAGAUAUGAAGAAAGGAAGCUUUUUAAUUUUUGAAAAGCAGCAAGAUAUGACAGAUGAAGAAGAAAAAAGUUGUUUUGUAGCGGCACAAAAAUUAUGUGUCAAACAAAAAACUCAAUUAUUUUAUAAAAUUUCCAAAAGUAAUGUUUCAAUUGAAGAUACAGAAUUAGCAUCUCUUCUUUUUCUUAACGAUACAAGUAUGGCGUUAGAAAAACAUAUUCUUUCAGAAAAGGAUCAAGCUGAGUUAGCAAAUAGAAAUUACAAGGAUCUUCUUGAAUUUUCUUUUAAUCAUAACAUGGAUCAAUCAAAAAUUUUCACUAUAAUUCUUCAAAAAUUAAAUGAUACUCCAACAAUGAGUUUUUACUACAUAACUUUACUAAAAAAUAUGAAAUUUUCAAAAACAACAUUAAAGGCAAUAUUAAAUGAGGUUGAUAGAAAUCUUAAUAUUUCUAAAGAUAUAUCUUUUUUAAAUACUGGUGCUGCGUUUGCUUUUAUUGCUCAUCAUAAUCUCAUCGAUUCUAAAGAACUUUACUACAUGUUAUCUCCAUAUAAACAUACAGAUAUAAUUUUAUUGAAUAAAAAAAUAGAAGAGAAUUAUGACAAACGUAUUAGAGUUGCCUCAAAAGUAAAAAUGGAUUAUUCUAAAUUAAAUUAUAAUAUGGAUGUAGUUGAUGAAAAUACUCCAAUUCAAAAAGUAGCUUCUACACCAGCAUUUAUUACUGCUUCAGAAGUUAUUGAAUUUCAAAAUAAAGCUGACAAAAAAAUUGCUGGUGAGAUUGACGAUUGGGAAAAACUUUCAAUAACUCAUAGAAAGCUAGGAUAUAUUUGGUCUCUAUUUCGAAUUCAUAGAUAUGAUCUUGCUUUACCUUUGUUGGAAACAUUACCAAGUCAACUUGUUAUAAAUAUAAUGCCUAAUAUUGGUGUUAUUAUUGGUGAUAUAAUAAUGGAAAAAUUAAAAAAAACAUUUUCAAACGAUUUUGAGUACAGAACAACACUAAAUGAAAUAAUAAAUUUACCAGACGGUUCUGAAAAAUUAGUACAAAUAGUAAAUGAUUUACAAUCAAUAAUAUUUCUCGCUGGACCAUAUCUUGGAAAACAUUUUUUUGUUUGUAAGAGAUUGAUUGAUAUUGUAACGGCAUAUAUACAAUGUAAAGAAGAUAUCCUUUCAAUUCCACAACAAUAUUUUAAUUUAAUUGAAGCACUUGUAACAAGAAUUUUAAUACCAGGAAUUGCUUUUACCUCUUCUGCUGAAGAAUACAGUUGCAAGUUAAAUAAACUUUUAAAACUUUUUCCUGUUGAAAAACGUUAUAAAAUGUAUGAGACAUGGGUUAAAGAUGUUGGAGUUGAAUAUCGAAGUAUAGGUCUUGCUCAAAAGAAAGUAUAUGCAUUAAUGAAAUUUUAUAGUAAUAGAAUUUCAAAAGAUAAUGCUAGAGAAUGUUUUAAAGAAUUGGCACCAUUUAUUGAGGAUCAUCCUUAUGAAGCUUUAAAAUGUAUGAUUGGAAUGAUUCAAACUAAUGAUGUUAUGAUACCUAUACUUGUUGAAACACUUAAAGUUAUGACUGAUCUAAGUUUAGAUGUUCUUGGAUUUACAAUAUAUAAAUAUUUAAAUGAAAACUUUAAAAUUUGGAUUUCUAAUGAUGAUCUUUUUUCAAUAAAAAAUGUGUCCAAAUUUGUAGGAAGAAUUGUUGCUGAACAUGGAAUUGAUGUUUCUUGUAUUUUACAAUUUGUUGAUGAUAAAUUGGCAGAGUCAAAUGCAUAUAUUCUUUAUUUACUUGGUGAAAUUUUGUAUUCAUUUAAUUAUAAAAUUUCACAAUCAAGUUUAACAAAUGAACAAGUUGUUGCAAUGGCAGGAGGUGAAUUUUUACAGAAAGCUUUUGAAAUAAGUGAUAUGACGAAAGCAAAAGUUGAUUGGAAUGAAUUAUGCACAGCAUUAAAAAACAAUGGUACAUUUUAUUCAAUAUAUAAACAUUUGUCUAGUACAAAAUUAAGUCUUAAAGAAUUAAGUUUAAAAACUACUGAUCAAGAAGGUCAACAAAAUUAUUUAGCAUUAAAAGACAUGUGUCAGGACGUUUUAAAUCAAUUUAUACAUAUUAUUAAUGAUGAAUUAAUUCCUAAUUCAUCAAGUAUUGAUAAAAUUCCAUCGAUUGUGAAUUUAUUACAAGAUAAUGAAGUUAAGAAUAUUGAAUUGUCUUGGUCAAUAAAACGUUUAGCUUUUUGGGAAUCUGUUAAAAGAGUAUUUGAAAAAAAAUGUAAAAAUCAUGCAUUUGCAGCAAAUGAAAAUGUUGACAAUAAGAAACAUAAAUUUUGUAAAGAAGCAAUUAUUAAAGAAUUGGAAAAAAUUGAAAAAAGUAUGACUGAAUCAGAUGCUUAUCAAUAUAAAUGUAUACCAAUUCGACUUUAUUGUCUUUUUUGGCUAUGUAGUGUAGAUACAUUAAUUUUUCCUUCAAGUAAGUAUAAAGAAAAAAUUAAUGAGAUUCAAAAUGUGAGAGUUUAUGAGGAUCGUUUUGAUGAUGACUAUGAUCGUAAGAAAAGAAAAGAAGAUGAUGCAAAAAGGAAGAGUUUAAUUUCUGAUUUAGAGAAGGAACAAAAAGAUCUCAAACCUAAACGUCGGCGUGUAAGAAAAAUUAUUGCAUCUUUAUUAUCUGAUGUAGUUAAUGGAGUUGAUGGUAGUCGUAAUGAUAAUGGAUGUCUUACUUCUGAUUUUUGUAAAGAAUUUGUCACAUUUUGUAUUAUGCCAAGAUAUCAAUUAUCUAGGUAUGAAUCAUUUUAUUGUUCCAUAUUUGUAAGGACAAUUCAUGACUUGUCUUCUGUAAAAUUAUCAACCAAAGAGAUUCUUCGCGAAAUAUUUCAUGAAAUUCCAAUGGGUAUCUCACAAUAUUCUAAUGAUGAAUGUGCAAACUGCGGUUUAUUACUUCUUAAGUCCUUUGAAAUUUCGGAUGAUGUUUAUAAUGAAGUUAAAAAAAAUGAAUAUGAUAAUAAAAAGCAAUCUGAUAACAUGGAGGUAAAUACGACAAACGAAAGUUCAAAUGAAAAAGAUAAAAAAUCUAGUGUAAAAAAUACUCUUAUCUUUGAUUUCAAUAAUACAUUAGUAAGUGAAGAAAUUUUUACUUUUAUAUAUAAUGAACAAGACAUUUUGUGUGAACAUAUUUUAAAAUUAUUAAAUAGAAAUGAAAUGCAAACUCAUGUUAAUGCAUUAACUGUUGUAUCAGAGAUGAUUGAAAUAUUUCCAAAGUUUAAAGAUCAUUGUAAAAAAAUUCUUGAAAUUGUUGAAACAAGAUCUCAAGAUCCUGAAUUGAAGAAAACAAAAGUUUUACCUUUGUGGAUAACAAUUCUUAGGAAAUUAAAAGAUAAGAAAAAUUUAUUAGACGGUAUAAAGAAAAAUAAAACAGAUAAAAAAGAGAAAAGAUUAAGUAAAAAUAAAGAAGAUAAAGUUAGUAAAAAGAAUGAAAAAGAAAUUGAAAAUAAAGAAAAACUUAAUAAGUCAUCUGAAAGUACUUCUACGUUAAAGGUAUCUUCUGCCGAUAAUUCAGGGAAAUAUUCUAAGAGAGAUUCAAGUAACUUACGUGAUACUUCUAAAGAAGAUAAUGCUAGUAGAGAUAAUUCACAUGAGGGUGCUUCAACAAAUGAAUCUUCAAAUCGUUCUAGUCGAACAAUGUCUAAGGACUCUAUUAAGGGAAAAAAUGGUUCUUAUAGUUCACCUUCUAAGCUCCAAGUAAUGUCGAAUGAUAAAGAAAAUGGUGAAAGUGAAACAAAAAGUGAGAUUACAAAUAAUGUCAAAUCUAAUGAAAAUUCUGACAAAAGAGGAAGAAGUUUGGAGCGAAAUAAAAUAGAUGAACAAUCAGAUUUACGUUCUAAGUCAUCAGAUAAAAAUUAUGCUACUAAUGGUGAUACAAAAGUGUUAGAUGUAUCUCAAGAUGGUCAAAAAUCAUUAAAGCAAAAUGAUAAUGUAAAAGAAUCUCCAAGUGAAAGUAAUAAACAUAAAUACAAUAAGGCAUCCAAAGAGAAUGAUAAAAAAGAAUUGUCACAAUCAUCUGAUAAAUCAAACUUAAAACGUCUUAGAAAAAGUCAUGACACAAUAAAUGAUAAAGAAAAAUCUUCUAAGGUUAAAAAAAGUAAAGAAUCUUUUGAAAAAAAAAGAAAAUUAGAAAAGAUAUCUGAUAAGAAAAGCAAAAGAAAAAGUGAGUCAUCACAAAUUUUAGUGGCGAAUGGUGCAGAAGCAAUUACUCCAGAUUCUCCAGAAAAAGAAAGUUUUGGCUUUUCAGAAAAUUCAACAAAAUAUAAAAAUUACAACAAUCGAAAAUAUUCAGUAAAACGUAUAUCUUCACCUGAUCUAAGAGGACAAAUCGACAAUAGUGCGGAUGAACUUAAUAAACCUGUAGAAAACAAGGCAGAUGAAGAUAAACAUGAUAGUAAAGAUGCAUUAUUAGAUGAGAAGAAGAAAUUUGAUGACAAAAAACAUUCCGAGGAAAAUAAAAAAAAAUUUUCCGAUGAUAAAAGGUCUUCACCUUACAAGAAUGAAUUAAAUGAUGAAAAAAAGAAAGAUAAAUCAUUUCAAGGAAAUCCUUCUGAUGAUCUUAGGCCAGUUAGUAUUAGUCCUGAUAAUAUGGAAGAUGAAAAAAAAAAUAAAUCACUAUUAAAUAAAGAAGAAGAAGAAAGAUUCAAAGAAUCUGGUUCUUCAUUUAAAUAUUACAAUAAAGAACAUGAUAGAAAAUUUGUUAUUAACAGAGCAAAAAUUACAGGACCAAAUAGUGAAAAUGAUAGAAAUAAUUAUGAUUCAUCACAUAAACGGCGAAUUUCUUCUUAUCGUCAAACUGAUGAUUAUCCUUCAAUGUCUAAAAAACCAAGACGUGAUCGUGAUCACUCCUCGUCAUCACGAAGAUACAACGAUAAUAAAUAUCGUAAUGACAAUAGAAGGCAUCAUGGUAGUAGUUAUCAUUAA